AUGGACAUCGACCCUGACAUCGCGAAUUGGAUUCUGGACUUCCUUCUCCGGCAGCCGCUUGACGACCAGGCACUGAGUUCUCUGCUUCGCGCCCUCCCUCUUGCAAACGACGACGCCGACCUGAAAAAGCUCCUAUUGAUUCGGAAAAUGGAGUCCGAGGUAUCGCAAAAUUCAAUUUCCGAGAGCACCCUUGAUUUGUUCGAACAAUUGGAGGAAUUGGAGUUCCGAAAAGGGAACGACGCGGUUUCAGACGCCAUGAAGCGCGCGUAUUGCGCUGUGGCAGUGGAAUCCACGGUGAAGCUCCUGUCGAACAGGGACGGUGGGGAUAAGCCCAGCAAGUUUGAUUUUUUCGAGGCCGUGAAGAGAAUUUGGAGGGGCAGAGUUGGGAGAAUGGAGAAGGUGGUGGAGAAAGGAGGAUUGGGUUCGGACGAGCUCUGGUCGUGGAAGGACGAGAUGGAGGCUGCCGUCUGGGAGGAUAGCGUCUGCGAAGGUGUUGUGAAGAGGAGUGCAGGAGUUGUUGGGGUUGAGGUGGUUAAGGCUUAUCUGAGGGAGGAGAGAGAGAAAAUGGGUUCCUCGUUUCUAGAGAUGGUGGCCGAGGGUGUGAAGAAUGGGGACAUAGUUCACGAGGUUUUGGGCCUGGAGAAUGGUGGUCGGGUAGUAGCAGAAAGUGAGGCGCCUUCAAGUUGUGACGGUGCUAUAAGUAAUGGCGGCAACGGGACAGAAAAGAAAAGAAUUAAGCUCAGGGACAAGCUUGUUGGUUUACGACGUUCUAGAGGAUCAGUGUCCCGUAAUUCAAGAGGAGCCAAAAUUGUUGACUCUGAUGAAAAUAGUUCAGGGCCUUCCCACAGAAAUUACAAUUUGCCAUCAAGUGCAGAAGUUAAUAGAGUUCGGGAAGCCCUUGGGUCGAGUGCGUCCGAGCUACAUGCCGCUGUGAAGGAUCCCCUUCCGGAUGCGUUACAGUUUGCGGAAACAAUCUCUGAUGACUCACGAAAAGACAAACACCAUGAACCUACUGUAGAAAAUAAUCGUUUUCGGCCCAAUCUAUUCAUUGUGGAUGGUGCUGGAGUUGUUCAAGGAAGUAGCCCUAAUGUGAACAAUGGACCUAAACCGAGUUUGAUGGAGCGAAACAGUACUGCACAUACUUAUGAGUGGGAAGAUUCAAUUGAUAGGUCACAAGAAGACCCAGCUUCCGGAAGCAGGCUUCUGUUACCUAGUCCAAAGCCGAUAAGCAUGUCUCCUUUAGACAGAUACGAGGUUAAAAACUUAAAGAGAAGGAGGAAAGGUCGUAAAUGGAGUCUUGCGGAGGAAGACACCUUGAGGACCGGAGUAGAAAAGUAUGGCAAAGGAAAUUGGAAGGUCAUUCUAACUGCGUACCGUGAAGAAUUUGAGGGUAGAACUGAAGUUGAUUUGAAGGACAAGUGGAGGAACCUGACGCGCUACGGGUAG